ACAAACGGAAGGAACAAAGUGAAUGAAGCAAAGUAAAGGACGGCAAGACAACAAUAAAACGUUGUUAACUAAUUUCAGCGUGUUUUCUAAUAAUAAUAAAAAAACACAUUAUAGUUUGCCGUUGAAACCGCGAAAUUCCCUCUUCUCUCUCUUCCUCGUUAAUCUCUCUCUCUAUUCUUUCUUUUGUCUUUCUUCCUUUUCUUUUCUUUCCUUUUUCCUUCUUCUUCUUCUUUCCCUCUAUUCUUCUCUUCACCGACCCUUUUAUUUCUCUAUCAAUUGGGUCGGGCAAUGAACUAGACUCUCAUCCAUCAUCUCUUCAAUUUUCCUUUCUUUUCUUUCUCUUUUUGUAGCUUUUGAUUGAAGCUACGUUUAUAAAAUAAUGGAUCGUGUUAGCGGGUUGAUUCUUAUUGUUUUCUUGUUGUUUGUUGAUGCUUCCAAUGCUAAUUUGGUUUUCCCUGUUCAACGUAAAUUCAAUGGACCUCAUCGGAGUUUAGAUGCUAUCAAAGCUCAUGAUGAUAGGAGACGUGGUAGAUUUCUUGCUGCUAUUGAUGUUCCUCUUGGUGGCAAUGGUCUUCCUUCUUCAACUGGGUUGUAUUAUACCAAAGUAGGGCUUGGCUCUCCUGCUAAGGAGUUCUAUGUACAAGUUGACACAGGAAGUGACAUUCUUUGGGUGAAUUGUGCAGGCUGCACAGCAUGUCCCAAGAAGAGUGGUCUUGGUAUGGAUUUAACCCUCUAUGACCCUAACGGCUCGAAAACUUCAAAUGCGGUUCCUUGUGGUGACGGUUUCUGCACCGACACAUAUUCUGGUCCAAUUUCUGGAUGCAAGCAAGACAUGUCCUGUCCAUAUAGCAUAACUUAUGGAGAUGGAAGUACAACCUCCGGAUCCUUUGUGAAUGAUUCUCUUACGUUCGACGAAGUUAGUGGUAAUCUCCAUACCAAACCAGACAAUAGCAGUGUGAUUUUUGGGUGCGGUGCUAAACAAUCUGGGUCAUUGAGUUCGAAUUCUGACGAAGCCCUUGAUGGAAUAAUUGGUUUUGGACAAGCAAAUUCUUCUGUGCUUUCACAGCUUGCUGCUUCUGGAAAGGUGAAAAGAAUAUUUUCACACUGCCUUGAUAGUCACCAUGGAGGAGGAAUAUUUUCCAUAGGGCAAGUCAUGGAGCCAAAAUUUAAUACUACUCCAUUGGUACCAAGAAUGGCACACUACAAUGUGAUUUUGAAGGACAUGGACGUUGACGGGGAACCUAUUCUGCUCCCUUUAGAUUUAUUUGAUUCUGGAAGUGGAAGAGGAACAAUAAUAGAUAGUGGUACAACCUUGGCUUAUCUUCCGCUUUCGAUUUACAAUCAGUUACUACCAAAGGUUUUGGGUCGGCAACCUGGAUUGAAAUUAAUGAUUGUUGAGGACCAAUUUACUUGUUUUCAUUAUUCUGACAAGCUUGAUGAAGGAUUUCCAGUUGUUAAGUUUCACUUUGAGGGGCUUUCUCUGACAGUUCAUCCGCAUGACUACCUGUUCCUGUAUAAAGAAGAUAUUUAUUGUAUCGGCUGGCAGAAAAGUAGUACACAGACUAAGGAGGGAAGAGACCUGAUUCUUAUCGGAGAUUUGGUGCUGUCAAACAAACUAGUUGUAUAUGAUCUUGAAAAUAUGGUCAUUGGAUGGACGAAUUUCAAUUGCUCUUCCAGCAUUAAAGUGAAGGAUGAAAAGAGUGGAUCUGUAUAUACAGUGGGAGCACAUGAUCUUUCUUCAGCUUCCACAGUGUUAAUUGGAAGAAUAUUGACAUUCUUUUUGUUGCUUAUUGCCAUGUUAAGCACUUAAAUGAAUAAUUUAUAUGAGAGGUGGCAUUUAUUUCAUUUUGUUGUAACAUAAUUCUUUGAAUGUUGUGCUUUGUGCAUAUAUUUUUAACCAUUUCUCAUAUAGAGUGAAAUAUAACUGAGAAAGGGGUGAGCAAAACUUCAAAGCUAUUUUUAGCUA